AUGAAUUUUUUUUGUACGCAGGCAAGUGAAAAAGAGGACAUCAAGUACGAAGAGAGUUUUAUAAAGAACACUCGAGGAAUGAAGCUAUUCACGUGCAAGUGGUUACGAGCAAAUCAAGAGCCAAAAGCUUUAGUCUUCAUCUGCCAUGGAUAUGCAAUGGAAUGUAGCAUCACCAUGAAUAGUACUGCAAGGAGGCUUGUGAAGGUAGGAUUUGGGGUCUAUGGAAUGGAUUGCGAAGGACAUGGCAAAUCUGAUGGGCUUAGUGCUUAUGUCCCAAACUUUGACCAUCUCGUUGAUGAUGUCUCUGCCCACUACACAUCAAUUUGCGGUAAUGUUGACUUUUUGUAUAUGGUACUUUUGGAAUGCUUAUCUUUUGAAAACGGUGGCCGAGGACUUACGGUUACUUUGUAUUGA